GUCAAGUGCGAUACGGCAAGCAAGCGACAUCAAAGCGACCAAACAACAAAAGCGGACAAGCUGUCAACAACAAACAACCUCAUCUCUACAACAGAAAGAGCAGUAUGCUCGAUCUACACAACUCUCAGGAUGCAGCGCCGCCUUCAAAGCGUAAAAACAGGCUCACGCGUCUCUUCACACGUCGUAGAGCAGAACCGCCAGACUCCUUGUUCGUCCAGACCCCAGCCGACCAGCAACCAUCGAGUCAUGGUGGGAAACUUGGGACAGACGUGUCGGUGAUGCCGCGACCAUCCAUGAGCACAACCCCGUCACUCGCGUUUUCCCUAAGAUCACGAGAAAGUCUCUCGACCGUUGAGGAUUUACGACUUUCCUCGACCAUCAGUACAGCGACUGCACAAGCGCUUCAACAAGUUGAACGAGAUCCGGAAUCGCGAUAUCACAGUUUGCCGAGUGCAUCGAGCAGUAAUCCGAGUGAACCACGGUUCGUGUUUGAUCGGAUAUGGGCAGCGAGUCCGAAUUUGUCGAGUGAGUCUUUUGCCGCUGUUCCCAGAACGGUGACAACCACGACGCCUGCUGCUGCUGGUAGUGGGUCUACAGUAGGUGAACAUCAUGCCAUGAUGCAGGUACUGCAGCAAGCAAUGACGGCGCAUAGCGAGUCAAGACUUGCACGAGCGGCACAAGCAGCGUCUUCAGCACAAGUCUCAACAACUGUCACUGCUUCACCGCGACUAGGCCGUUCGUCUGCUCAGGAAUGGGGACAGCAGAGUCCUACGAUGAUGGCUGCGUCGACAUUUGAGCCAGCGACCUUGGGUGUGCGACGGGUCAGGACAUGGACGGGUGGGAGUAAUUUGUCACCGCCUGUGUUGAUGAGUUCUAGAGAUACGGCGCGGUAUGCACGGAUGCCGUUACCUGCUGUGCCGCAAGGUGUACGACCGAUUCAGCAACAAGCUACGGCGUUGGGCAUGGUGGGUUCGAUUGUUCAGUCGGCACCUGCGACACCGACUCGACGCGUGACAGUGGUGAAGAAGAUUCGCAGGAGUAGUGCGGCGAAGCAGGCGAUGGCUGGCCGGAUGGAGGAACGACGACAAUCGACUCCUGUGCCUGAACACAGGACUUGAAUUGAAUACCCGUUGGAAGCUGAAUGAAGUUGAAGAAGUUGAAAGAAUGUACCUUUGGAGGUAUGUAUAUGAGUUUGGAAAGUAGCGCUAGGCAUUUGAAUCUUUUCUCUCUGCUUGACAUAGGACUCGAGCCAGACUGAUUGUCCUGGGCGUGUUGCUGGCUGUUCCAUCUGGUCUGCUGUGAGUGAAAUUGAAGGACUCGAGCAGUGAGACGCGCUGAACACCUGGCAUAGCAUGACAGUCUGGUCUCAAGAAGCAAGCCUCUGGCCAUGCAAUCACUAGAUCAUGCCACGGGAAGAUAGUUGUGACUGCCUGGU